AUGGCUUCAAUAUCAGAAGUAUCUAAAGUUAAAUCUGAAGAGGACCCAUUGGAAGGCAGCAGUUAUGUUGAUUUGUCGGUCAAAGCUGAGAAUAACGAGGAAGAUGACGAAGAAUAUAAUACUAUGGCUUUGCUGGAAUUAGCACAGUGUGUACAAACCGACCAUGAUCCAAUUGAAUUCAAUUCUACGGAAGCAACGGUCAACCCGAAAACUGGUCAAAUGAUGUGCCUACAUUGCUUCGAGGAUAUGGACAGCAAUCUGCUCUCAGAUCACAUGGUCAAUGCCCAUAACUACAGGAGAAUACAAUAUAAGUGUCAUAUUUGUGAUCAUACAUUUCAGGAGCGCAAGGUCCUACUCAUCCACAGACAAGAAUGCCAGCCACCGGCCAAGAAGACCAAACGUCGCACCUUCCAGCAAAUAAUGCGCGAAGUGGAGACCAGCUUGGACUCGAACGUGUAUGACACUGUCACGUGCCCCAUCUGCGUUUUGGAAAUGCCGAAAUAUACCCUAAAGGAUCACUUGCUGACUGAACACAGCAAUCCAAAUAUGGUGCUUACCUGUGCCAAGUGCAACAAGAACUUCAAGUCCAAAUUGACCCUGAGGGAGCACGUCAGAUUGGUGCACGAGGCUGUUGAGGACUCGGUUGAGUGCGAACUGUGCGGGCAGAAGUUCCGGUCGUUUAAGUAUUUGUCGAAUCACAAGAGGAAUGUGCAUCCUACGGGCGACAAGGUACACCAGUGCAGCAUUUGCGGCAAGCGCUUCAAAAGCCGGCUGUGUCUGCACCAGCACUGCAAGUAUGUGCACCCGCCGGCCAGCGCCUCGGCGGCCUGUCCGCACUGCCGCAAGGUGUUCAAGUCGCGCAUUAACUUGCAACAACACGUGAAGGUCUCGCACGGCACCAGGCUGACUUGA